AUGGAGGGCGCUACGGAAACCCCUGAGAAUACUUUGGCGUCGAAGUACACGGCCUCUACGGACUAUGCGAAGGAUGCCGAGGGUAUGGAAGUGCCUUAUGCGAGCCAGGAUUUCAACGAGAUCGCGGCCAUGGCCCGUGGCCUCGAGGAGUCGAUUAAGAAAGGAAAGAGCCGUAGUGCGUAUAGUGCCCGCAAGACGAAAUAUUCUGUCGCGUCGUCUCCAACAGGCAUCACCGUCGACUCCUGGCGCCUGCAAGAAUCUGACUACAAACGCCGGGACCUGCCCACCUACGCCCGCGGCCUGUUCACCACCCGGACCAAGAACAACGUCCCAGAGAUUGCCAUCCGUGGCUAUGACAAGUUCUUCAACAUCAACGAGGUGCGGGAGACCUCGUGGGAGCACAUCAAGGAGCGGACCAAGGGCCCGUACGAGCUGAGCCUCAAGGAGAACGGGUGCAUCAUCUUCAUUAGUGGCCUGGAGGACGACACGUUGCUGGUCUGCAGCAAGCACUCGACGGGAGAUCGGUCUGAUGCGUCGGCCAGUCACUCGUCGGUAGGAGAGAAGCACAUUGAGCGCCAGCUGGAGCGUAUUGGGAAGACCAAGCAGGACCUUGCGCGGGAGCUGAGGAAGCGGAAUGCCACGGCGGUAGCCGAGCUCUGUGACGACAGUUUCGAGGAGCACAUCCUAGCUUACGGCCCGGACAAGGCUGGGUUGUACCUGCAUGGAAUCAACCUGAAUCUCCCGGUCUUUGCGACAUAUCCGUCCCCAAUCGUCCAGAAGUUCGCUGAGGACUGGGGUUUCAUUAAAACAGGCCUGAUCAUGAUCGACGACAUCGAUGAAGUGAAGGCCUUUCUCGAGGAGGUUGCGGAGACGGGCGCACACGAUGGACGUGAUGUUGAGGGGUUCGUUAUCCGGUGCAAGAUGACGAAGAAUCCGGGGGUGACCCCUUACCAGGACUGGUUCUUCAAGUACAAGUUCGACGAGCCGUACCUAAUGUUCCGGCAGUGGCGUGAGGCCACCAAGGCGCUGAUUUCCGGGAGGCAGUUCAAGCUGAGGAAGCAUGUCCAGAUCACGGAGGAGUACCUCCUCUACGCCCGCCAGCGCCUUGCUGCGGACCGGACACUGGGCAAGGCGUAUCAGCAGAACCACGGGAUCAUCAAGCUUCGCAACGACUUUUUGGCGCACAAGAAUCUUAAGGGGUCCGAUGCGGCCAACCUCGAGGAUAUGAAUGGACCCGCCACUGUCACCCGCGAUGUGAUCUUGGUUCCCAUUGCGACAAUCGGAUGCGGCAAGACGACCAUUGCGUUGGCCCUAGCGAGCUUGUUUAACUGGGGUCAUAUUCAGAACGACAACAUCACUGGCCCUAAGAGGCCACCGCGGUUCACUAAGGCGGUUCUGGACCAGCUUGAAGAGCACUACGCUGUGUAUGCGGACCGUAACAACGCCUUGAAGCACGAACGAAGGCAACUUCUCAUGGACGUCAAGACACAGCACACUAGCGCCCGGUUGGUUGCCCUCAACUUUGUGCACAACGAUAUCGAUGCUAUUCGCCAAGUUACCCAGGAGCGAGUGUUUGCUCGUGGCGACAACCACCAGACCAUCCAGGCUGCCACCGACAUGAACAAAGUUGUUGGCAUCAUGGAGGGUUUUAUUCAGAGAUUCGAGCCGUGCAACACGGAUCGGGAGCCCGAUGACAUGUUCGAUUUUGUCAUCGACCUCGAUCCCACCGCUGGCUCGCGAGACAACCUUGAGAUUGUCAUCAAUGAACUGCACCGCGAGUUCCCCAACUUUCUCAAGGAGGUCCCAUCGGCCGAGGACAUGGACAAAGCCAUCCAAGAGGCUUUAGAAGGGUACAGCCCUGACAUGCGCCAUACCAUCCCAGACCGCUCGAGGAAGGGUGCCAACAAGCAGAACUUGAACCAGCAGCAACAGCAGCAGCAGAGCAAAGCCAAGAAGAGGAACCUUGAGUACAUGUCCGUCGAUCUUCCCACCAAGGACAUCCUCACAGCCCUAGAUAAAACCUUCUCCCCAUCCGUCCCGCUCACCCAAACCCGCUUCUUCAAACAACUCCAAGGCACCCGUCGGGUCCAGCCCAAAUUCCACGUCACCCUCAUGCACCGCGCCUCCUCGAAGGAGCACCCGGAACUCUGGCAGCGUUACAAUUCCCUCUUUGAAACCGAUGGCGCCAUCCACCCAGACGGCCGCCUCGGUGAUGUCGACGUGCAGCUAGAGCGGGUGGUGUUUGAUGACCGCAUCAUGGCCAUCGUAGUGCGCCUGGUGCCAACGCACCCGGACGAUGAGAAUAUCAGUGGGGAUCCCUCGGGCGAUGGUAACACUGCCGCUUCGGAAGGUCCGACGCAGCCGAAGUGGGAGUGUGUCAACCGCGUGGCGCAUAUCACCGUCGGCACGCGGGACAAUGCGGUCAAGCCGAAGGAGAGCAACGAUUUGCUGGCGCGGUGGUUGGAGCAGGGCAGUGGGGAGGGCACAGGUAUUGGAGAGUUGCUGGUUGAGGGGAAGCCGUUGGUCAGGGGCGUGGUCAGGGGCGUGUUGUCGAGAUAG